GACGGGCGGCCGCCCGGCGCCAGAAUGGUUGCCUGGGGAAAACAGCAGUGCUGUGUUGGCAGAGUACAGGACAUUUUCCUGAGAUUCAGGAUUGUUCAAGCAGUCCUUUUACUUCAGUUGUUCUUGGCUACAGCAAGCAAAGAUCAGGAGGAUUUCCUAGGGCGAUACAAAGCCGUCUUUAAGACUGCAUGUGAAGAUCCUUGGAGCAUGUCUUCAAGAAUUUCUCUGCAUCCUUUGAGAGAAUUCCUUGUCUGUGUGCACCUCAAGCUGUAUUCUUCAAACAGUCUGUGGACAGCAUAUGUAUAUGCUGAGAAAAGUCUUCACACCAAUCUCUCUGCAAAUAAGUAUGAGCUUGGACUUACAGGAGAUCAUGGCAAAAUGAAGAUAUGGUUGUUUGGAAAACAAAUAAAUACUUCGGUAAAACUUCAUAAAAACACUUGGAACCAAAUAUGUAUCCAGUGGAAAAGUGACAAUGAGGAGAUGAAAGUAUUCAUAAAUGGAACAGAAAAAUUACACAAAAAACUAAAUGGGAAAGUUAAUUUGCCUGGAAAAGGACAGUUUUUACUUGGCUGUUCAAAGCUGCAAGGUACAGCUGCGUCACCUCACCGGGGUAUGACUGGAGAACUGUACCUGUUCAGAAUGUGGGACAAGGCAAAUAUAACACAGUCUGAGGACUGCCAGGAUAGUGGUGUUAUACGCUGGAGAAAGGAGGAUUGGACCUAUAACACAACGGUAGAAGAGGAUAACUCUUUACCAUGUGUUGAAACUACUGCUACACUGCCUAGCAGAAAAAUAACAGAUUCAGAAGAAUCAGCUGCAACAACAACUUUUGAUAUGUCUUCAGAGGAGACUACACAAAGUACAGAAGCCCUCACAACAACUGAUUAUUACUCCACCACAACACCAGCAGGAGAAACCAUUGUAUGCAACGUAACACGUGUCUGUAAUUAUUCAGUGUUUUAUGUGGGCAAGGUAAAACUUCGGGCAAGUGAAGAAAGUAAUGCAUCACUAAAUGUAGAAAUAAUUAAUAACAUAACUACCCACAGUCGAGUCAAAAAAUUAACUGAAAUUCCAGCAUAUGCCCCACAAGAACUGAGUAUUUCAGAGUUCAACAAAACCUUGCGAGCAGUAAGUGAGUCCUCUGUUAUGGAAUGCAGUGCAGAAAACCAGAGUACACACUGCAAAUUCAUAAUGAAGCUGGCUGAGAGAGAGAAUAUAAGCAGUUUAACAGAAAAAGCAAAAAUAAGUCAACUUGAUCAGUGCUGCUGUUCAUCACUGAAGUAUUGUUCCUUGACUGCUGAAGAAUUACAAGUUUAUACUAUACAAGUGCCACCUCAUUUUAUAUGGGUUCCUUCCCCUCAUUCUCCAUCUCUCCUUAAGAAGACAUUUUUCAAAUCUAAUCCUUUAAUUUCCCCCACUAUACUAUCUGCUAAAAAAAGCCCCACAAUUAGACCACUGAUUCCACCAGUCACAGAACAUUAUUUUUCUGGAACUCUUUCCAUAUCUCCGCUUACAAACUUUAUCUCUGAAAAUUCUAUGCCUUCGACCAGUGUUACCACUGUGCGUUCCUCCUCUGAGUCUCCUGCUCAACCUACCGUGCCAACUGUUUCUUCCAUAACUUCCAAUAAAUCCAUCACUGUUCCCAUACCUGCAACAAAAUCUGUCACUAAUACUGCUUUCUCAAUUAAAUCUGAGGCUGCACACCUUAACCAGACUUUUACAAUACUUUCUCCUUCUGUAGGUUUCACUAAACAUCCUUCACUUUCUUCUUCUGAACCUCACAGACUUCCAAUUGUAAAUCGCCACCCUGAGGCUAUCACCAAAUCUGUUGCACAAAUUCCCCCUGCUACAAGCCAAACUAUAUCUGGUCACAAAAAUGUUAGUACAGUACCUAUUGUUCCCCUUACUCCUUUCACCCCUACUAUUAGUCCUGUCAACCAUUCUGUCUCAGCUUCUCGUCCUCAUUCUACUGCUGAUGGCCAUGGGACCCCAGGAAAAACGCUUUCAGCUACCACAAAUACAACUUCUGUACACACCACCAUCAGUGUCGCCACAGCUGAGCAAAUUGUGUCCAAAAUAGAAAAUGAUUUAGCAGCUGGAAAAAUAGAGCCAAAAGAUGUAGAAAGGAUGGUUAAUGAGGUGAGCAGUAUCCUCACUGCUUCUCAGCCAUUACCACCACGAAUUUCUAACAGAAUUAUAAAACUGGUGGACUAUAUUGGCUUAAAACUAAACUUGUCAGCAUCAUCUGCAGAAUUUGCCUCCCCUUCCUUGGCUCUGGCAGUUGUCAAAACCAACAGAAUUCGCUCCAACCAAAUGUCUUUUGCUGUCCAGGACUCAGCUGAUCUCCAGAUCUCUCUAGGAGUUCAGAGAAUUCAGAAUUUAAAUAAUCUUGGAUCAAUUACAGUUCCUUCAUCAUUGCUGAAAAAUAUCCCCACUGAAGAGUUGGAGUUGGCUUCUAGAAUUAUAUUCAACUUCUUUAAAAAGACCACUGUGUUCCAGGAUUUGUCCUUGAAGAAUGCAUCUUUAAUCAGUGGUGUUAUAUCAUCGAGUGUUGCUAACCUCACAAUUAGCAACUUAAGGGCAAAUGUUACUGUCAUUUUGCAGAAUAUCAAGCCUAAUCAGGAUAAUUCAACGGUUAGAUGUGUUUUUUGGGACUUUAAUAAAAAUGGUGGACAUGGAGGCUGGUCAUACGAAGGUUGCACAGUUAAAGAAAGUGGAGUAAAUGAAACAGUCUGUUCAUGCAACCAUCUCACAAGUUUUGCAGUUUUGAUGGACUUGUAUGGAAGUACUCCUUUGAAUCCCACACAAGAAUUGGUACUGACUUUUAUAUCAUAUAUAGGUUGUGGCCUCUCUGCAAUUUUUCUUUCUGUUACUCUUGUGACCUACAUAGCCUUUGAGAAAAUCCGGAGAGACUACCCCUCCAAAAUACUUAUUCAGCUGUGUGCUGCAUUACUUCUACUCAACUUAGUUUUUCUCCUUGACUCAUGGAUUGCACUGUAUGAUACACGAGGCCUGUGUAUAGCAGUUGCAGUAUUUCUUCACUAUUUCCUCUUGGUUUCCUUCACCUGGAUGGGCCUGGAAGCUUUCCACAUGUACCUGGCCCUUGUGAAAGUCUUUAACACCUAUGUACGGAAAUACAUUCUUAAAUUUUGUGUUGUUGGUUGGGGGUUACCAGCAGUAGUUGUGUCCAUUGUGUUGGCAAUAUCACCAGAUAAUUAUGGACUUAUAACCACCGGAAAAGUUUCAAUAAAUGGACCUGAUGAAUUCUGCUGGAUCAAAAAUAGAAUUGUCUUCUAUAUUACUGCUGUGGGAUACUUUUGCCUGAUAUUCCUGAUCAAUAUCAGCAUGUUCAUUGUUGUGCUGAUCCAGCUCUGUCGUAUCAAAAAGAAGAAACAACUCGGUGCUCAAAGGAAAACCAGUAUCCAAGACCUUAGGAGUGUUGCUGGCCUCACAUUCUUGUUGGGAAUUACUUGGGGGUUUGCUUUCUUCACAGUAAAUGAGGUAUUUACUUACCUCUUUACUAUUUUCAACACUUUGCAAGGGUUCUUCAUUUUCAUCUUCUACUGUGUAACAAAGGAGAAUGUCCGUAAACAGUGGAGAAGAUAUCUUUGUUGUGGGAAAUUCAGGCUGGCUGAAAACUCUGACUGGAGUAGAACUGCUACGAAUGGUUUAAAGAAGCAGACUGUAAAUCAAGGAGUAUCAAGUUCUUCCAAUUCCUUACAAUCAAACAGUAACUCCACUAACUCUACAACACUGUUAAUGAAUAAUGAUUAUUCAGUCCAUGCAAACGGAAAUGGCCAUCUUUCCAGUGAGAAGAAUGGUGUUUGUUUCAGUGUACAGAAUGGUGAUGUGUGUCUCCAUGACUUUUCAGGCAAACAACUUGUAUUCCAAGACAAGGAUGAUACUGGCAGCCAAGAAAGUCAAAUCUCACACAGAAGGACUUCAAAGAGAGGAAGCCUCAGUUCUAUGGAGAAAAUGUGAUUUCCUUUUAAACAGCACAUUGUUUUACAGUGUGAAGUAGAGUUUUUACUUUAGCAGUUUUACAUAAUGUGAGCAGACCAAGAACUGGUUUUAUUUAAUAUAUGGUACUGGAACUUCAAGGCAGCCAUGCAAUGGAUUGACAAGGACAAUUAUUUAAAAAAAA